AGAUCGCACAGCAUAACAAGCAAGCGGAGCAGAGCAGCAUGGCGGGGCUGAGGGACACCCAACAAGGCAGCCACCGCCACAGGAAAACAUGGAUAAAUCUUCUAUUUGGAAUUUUGCACCUUCUUUUGCCCUGCGUCCGUCAAGGAAGGGCACAGUCACAAGCUCUAGCUCAGAUGUCCAGCGUGGUGGAGGUUUGGCAGGCUGAAGAAGCUGACGUCAUUUUCCCCACUCAGUCUGAAGAAGAGCGGCACAGAGAAGGCUUUUCGCAAGAAGGGAGCUCCUUCUAUGUGCAGGAGAGUGGGAGGGCCCUUCGCUUUCAGCCGUCCGUUCUGGAGUUCGGGACGCAGCCCCUGGGACUGCCGCGAGCCGAAACCAUAUACAUAAACAACCCCAGCCAAGACCAGCCGGUCACGCUGCUGUCUAUAUUCACGAGCAGCGGGCAUUUUCACAUACCUUCGUUUCACAGAAGGGUUAUCCCACCUCGGGGAAAGGCCUCGUUUAAACUCAUAUUCCUUCCCACCGAAGAGGGAAACGUAGAAAACACGUUAUUUAUAAAUACAUCAUCCCAUGGCGUUCUCUCAUACCAGGUUUUUGGAGUUGGGGUUCACCAUGGACCCUACAAGGACCUACAGAUAAAACACAGUCAGCUAAUAUUUCCUCAUAUACAGAGUAUCAAACUGACACAAACUCAGGACGAGGCCUCGAACAUGACUAUUCUGGGGCUGCAGCUGGAAUGUAGUCUACCUAAAACCAGCUUUGGGCAUCCUCAGGGCUCCUCCUGCCUCCUGACGGACGAGAAGCUGGUGGUGAAGAUCAGCCUGUCGGAGAGAGGAGAGAAGCACACCGGCCUGGAGAGGUUCAAGCCUUAUGUAAUCGAGAAUAUCGUGGUGCUGUUCGAGAUAACAUCAGGAAGGAGCAGGUUAUGGGAGCCCAAGAUGAAUAUAUACAUGUUGAAUUCAGGAGGGAAAAAAUUAUACGUGAAGGACGUUCAGGUGCUUUCAGAAAUGGAGGGCAGCGUGGAAUUUCGCCAAGCCCCGCUGAGCACCUCGGCGUCCAACUUCACGCAGGUGGCAUCGCUGGUGUGCAGGGGAUCGUUACCCGAGCGUAAGACGGAGUUCUCCAGUCGCAUCAGCGCGCACGUAUUGGACAGAUCGACCUUAAAGACCUACCCCGCCUUCGACUUAACACACAGGCGAUUUGGAAAGAGCCCUCCCUUGUCGUUCCACGUGACGCGAAGGCAGAGCGGAGGAAACUAUGCAGAUCUGUGGCUGACCAGCGGCUUUGACUUCGCCUUCACUGUGAAUCACGCUACGGUUUCUCCAGACAUGGACGGUCUGUUAAAGGUUGUGAAUUUCAGCGGCCCGGCGACCGUGCCCUCGGGCUGCUGGAGGCUCCUCUCCCUGCACCUCGCCGGCGGGAAGGCGCCCGCGAACGCGCUCACCACCGCGGUCCUGCUGACCGACCUGGGCGUGCCGCUGGAGAUUCCUCUGCACGUACACUCCUCUGUCUCAAAGGGUGACCUGCCCUUUGAGGCUCGCGGGGAAUGCGGAAGUCCCUGUCAGCUCAGACUGUCCGACACAGCAGGUCGUGUGCAGUGGCAGGAGUCCCGCCUCUUGGAAGGCAGGGAUGACGACGCCUGGAGGGUGGACAGCACUCUGGCUUCUGAGCUCUACUCACACUGGAGGAAAAGCAAGGACCAGCACACCUGCAUGUGGCCGCGACUCUCUGCAGAUCCCGGCUCUCCUCUGGACUUCGGUGCGACUCCUGUCAACGAGAGUAAGUUAAAGUACUUCACUCUGAAGAACCCGUCUGCCUCCCCCGUUUCCGUGGAGCUGCUGCCACUCUCGUCUUACUCCGCCCCCCUGGAGGCUCUGGACCUGCUGACCAAAUGGUUUAAGAUGAACCCACGCUCCGUCAAUGUCUCUACAGCAGAGUUCACUCUUCAGACCGUAAAGCCUCAGGAGGGGCGGAGGGGGGCCAAGGCGAGGGGACCGGGAUCCGUGAGGGUGCAUCUCGGGCCGUGGGAGAGCAGGGAGAUCAGAGUGCUGUUCACCCCGGCCGAGCACAAGCCCGUCACAUCCCUCAUCCUCAUCAGGAACAACCUGACCGUGUUGGACAUGGUGACGGUGAAGGGCCACGGGGCCAGGGAGAUGCUGCGCGUGGGCGGGAAGCUGCCCGGGGGCGGAGCCUCCCUCCGCUUCAGCGUGCCCCAGUCCACGCUCAUGGACUGCAGAGACGGUGAGAGAGAAGGGCUCAGACCCGCAAAGCCCCUGUUUGCCAUCACAAAGAGUUUUAAACUGGAGAAUGCGGGAGAGCUCCCGCUGACCAUCGUAUCCAUGAAUAUCAACGGCUACAAGUGCCAGGGCUUCGGGUUCGAGGUGCUGGAGUGCGGAUCCUUCCAGCUGGACUACAACUCCUCUUCAGAAAUCAACAUCGCCUUUACGCCAGACUUCACCUCGUCCUGGGUGAUCCGGGACCUGACGCUGGUGACUGGACGCGGCUCCUCCUUCUCCUUCACCCUCAACGUGACCCUGCCCCACCACAUGCUGCCCCUCUGCGCCCAGGUGGUGCCCGGGCCCAGCUGGGAGGAGGCCUUCUGGCUCUUCACCCUCGUCUUCACCUGUCUCUCCCUGAGCGGCGUCUGCUUGCUGGCCUUCCGCCAGGCCCAGUACAUCCUGGCGGACUUCAGCACCCCGAGCCCCAGAGCCAAUCACAGCCCCCCGCUGCACCGGGACAACGGCUCCGUGGACACCAUCAGCCCCAACACCGCGAGCAAAACGAAAGGCAGCUGCAAAGCCUUCGCCGACACCUGCAACGCCUCGGACAAAGGCAAGGGAAAGGGGUCUCCGAGCGUCGCCGGGGGCCCCGCCCGAACCCCGCCGUCGUCGGCGUCGUCGAAGAAGGGCCCCUCCGCCCCCGCGCAGCCUCAGAAGAAGCACAAGGUGUCGGUUUACUACGGCAAGUACAAGGCCAGCCCCGCCGCCGCCGCCGCCGCCGCUGCCGCCGAGGAGGAAAGGGAAGAGCCCGCCCCCUGCGGGAGCGGGGGCGACGGCGGCCCCCCCGCCGCAGCCGAGCCCCCCACCCCGCCCGACAAGGAGGUCCGUUUCGAAGAAGAGGCCCGCGCGUCCGCCGGGGAGCCGCCGGCGGUUAUGUUUCCCGUGGAAACGCGCCCGGCGCUCCCCAAAGAGACGGCGGCGGCGGUCCCGGACGCCGGCCCGGUGACGUGCGGUCGGGCCGCGGGGCCGGCUGGCGAGGACGCCCCCGCGCCCUGGCUGCGAAGCCCCCUCUCCCGCCUCCCAGAAAGGAAGCUUCCGGAAAAGAGGGAAGGACCCGUGUCAGAGGUGAGAGAGGACUCCGAAGCUCAGAGGAGGCCCGUGGGCAGAGUGGAGCUGGGAGACUCCGCCCCUAACAACAAGGGAAAGAAGAACGGCAACAAAAACCGCAGGAAGCCAGAAGAGGGCGUGGCUGGUGUCCCCGAGCACACCGUGGUAAUGUUACCGGAGAAGAACCGGGCGCUGGAGUGGAGGGAGAGCAGGAACCCCAACCGAUCCCGAAACCGCUGCUCCAGCAGGAAGGCCGACGGGCCCAAGUUAGCGAUGGGCGCUAACCAGGACUGCUCUCCCGCACAGCUUCAGAACGGCGCGUGCCCGGGCCGGCCGCGGAGGAGGGGCGCCGAGCGCAGGCCGCAGUGGGAGUCGGGCUCCGACUCGGGCAGCUCCUCCGGGAGCGCGCCCGCCGGGCGGGGCAGCCGGGGCAGCUGGGGCAGCUGGAGCAGCGCCAGCAGCCUGGAGGGCGAGAAGGACCACGGCGCCAGGGCCCCCUGCGCUACCUCGGCCCCGCCCAAUAAAAGGGAAAGUGUUCAACAAAUCGUGUACCCCAUCGAAAGAGACCUGGCGCCCACCUGUAGCGGCAGGGCCCAGAGCAUGCAAAACCUGUACCAGAAGGACCCCUACCAAGUCCCGGACCCCGCCCCGGAACCCGGCUCCGCGCCGAGCUUCGCCGCCAUGGCCGCCUGCAGAGAGAGACCGCUCGGCGUGCCGUGUGUGACAGAAGAGACGUGGGCCCCCCCCUCCGUGCCGCUGAACACUGACCUCAGGCACAACGCAGCCCAGACUCUACCGCUCCUACCUCCGGGAUCCCCCUCAGGUUUCUACCACAGCUUUCCCUGGAACAGUGUUAACAGCAAGUGCACCAGUGCCUACCCUUACUGUGAGCCAAGCAGCUACAUGUUGGGAGCACAUUCAGAUUUCCAGAAUGGUUUCCUGUGCCAAGAAAACCCAAAUGUGUCAUACAGCCCCAAGUCCUGCUGGAGUGAAGAUCGUGCCCAAGAAAUGCCCUCCGUGUGGGACAGCACUGGUACCAUGGGCACCAAGCCCUUCUUUGGCACCAGAAGCCUGUCUCCAAUGUCCGGCUUGUUCGGCUCUAUCUGGACCCCACAGAGCGAGCCGUACCAGAGCCACCUCCAGCCGGACCACGCCGUACCCCCGCCCCCGCAGGCCUCCGUCAGCAGGCAGCCGGGGGGCACCCACAGGCCAAAGCAGUACUCCACCUUCAACCCCUUCGGCCCCCACAUGAACUUAGACAUUUGGAACUCCUCCUCGAACCGCAGUUCAAACUCCCAGCUCUCCAGCGACUCCGGAUACUGUGCCGAUAUGUAAACGAGAAUGUGCUUUUAUCAAUAAAAGGAAAUAAAUGUGAAUGUUUUAUUUUUUAUUCUUCCCGUCUCCUCCCCCAAAGUUCAAUGUUGUGCAAAGUUGGAGCAUUAUUGUAUAUUUUUAUAGAUGUUUUACAGAUUUAACUAUAGGAAAAAUAAAUGGUUUUGUACUUGA